AUGGAUUCCGUACAGCCCGACGCCCGUCAUGGGCCUCAUGGCAGCGUCAGCACUCCGCGCCAUGGUGAGAAGCGGCGAGGCGGCACUGCCGACGACGCCGCACGGCUCGAGGCAAUGGGCCACAGACAGGAGCUCAAGCGCAACUUCUCCAUGUUGUCCAUGCUCGGCCUGGCGUUUGCUAUUCUCAAUACUUGGACCGCCCUCGCCGCUUCCAUCACGCUCGCGCUCCCGUCGGGCGGGUCGAGUUCCGUCAUCUGGGGUCUCGUCGUCGCCGGCCUCGCUCGCCGAGUUCCUCUCCGCGUAUCCCACGGCCGCUACGUGACGGGCUGGAUCAAUGUCUGCGGCUGGGUUGCCCUCAGUGCCACCGGCCCGCUGCUCGGCAGCACCUUUCUUGUCAACACGAUUGCUCUCUUCAACCCGUCGUAUGAUGCGAAGCCAUGGCACCAGUUUCUGAUCUACGUCGGCUUUGCGCUUGUUGCUCUCGUCAUCAACGCGCUCCUGACCAGGCUGCUUCCCUACUUCACCAGAGCCGCCUUUUUCUGGUCCAUGACUGGAUUCGUCGUCGUCGUCAUUACCGUUCUGUCAUGCGCGUCGCCACACUUCCAACCCGGCGACGUGGUAUACGGCCAAUUCAUCAACAACGUCGGCUGGCCCGACGGCCUGGCCUGGCUCCUCGGCUUGCUCCAAGGAGCCUUUGCAUUGACGGGCUUCGACGCCACCGCACACAUGAUCGAGGAGAUUCCCGACCCCCAGCACCAGGGUCCCAAGAUUAUGCUCUCCUGCAUAGGCAUCGGCAUGGUUACGGGCUUCAUCUUCCUCAGCGGCCUUCUCUUUUCCGUUGACAACAUUGACAAUGUUCUAGGCGCCGCGUGGGGACCCCUCUUGGAAAUCUUUAUGCAGGCCACCAAGAGCAAGGCCGGGAGUACGUGCCUGCUCGUCUUCCCGCUGCUCUGCAUGGUCUUCACGACCACCACGUUGAUGUGCACCAGCACGCGAAUGAGCUAUGCGUUUGCUCGAGAUGGCGGCAUGCCCUUUAGCCGCUUCUUUUCUCGCGUCCAUUCCACUCUCGAAGUUCCCCUGAAUGCACUGUUUUGGACGGUCGCGUGGGUCAUUGUGUUCGGCUGCAUCUUCCUCGGAUCGAGCAGCACGUUCAACGCAAUCGCGGCCGCGUCCGUGGUUGCGCUUGGGUUGACUUAUGCCAUUCCUCCGGCCGUCCACCUCGCUCGCGGCCGGAACAUGUUGCCGGACAACAGGCCCUUCAAGCUGCCCGGCGCACUUGGCUGGGUUCUCAACCUCGUUGGCAUUCUAUGGACCGCCCUCACUACCGUGCUUUUCGUAUUCCCGCCUGCGAUCCCCGUCACGGCGAGCAACAUGAACUAUUGCAUCGUGGCCUUUGGCGUCAUGCUUCUCAUUGCUGGUGGAACGUGGGUGCUCGAUGGACGCAAGCACUAUCGGGGUCCGCAGUUGGAUGUUCAGGGCUUGAUCGACGGCAAGGCGGUGGAGGGCAUGGAGCCGGCCAUGGCGGUUGACUCUUCAAACAAGACCCAGGAGGCCAUGCUCGCCGCUUUAGAAUCCUAG